AUGGCUUCAUCAGUUCCAGGUCCAAGAUCAUUACCAGAGUCCCGUUAUGAUUUGUCUACUUAUUGGGGUAGAAUUAGACAUUGUGCAGAGAUAUCAGAUCCGUCAAUGUUGUUGACCACUGAAAAGGAUCUUGUUGCAGCACGUAAGAUUAUUAAAGCUUACCGUGAGGGUCAAAUAGAGAAACCAACUCCAGAGUUUUGGCAUGCUAAAAAACAAUUAGAUUCCACAGUGCAUCCGGAUACAGGUGAAACUGUUUUACUUCCAUUCCGUAUGUCCUGUUGUGUUCUUUCAAAUACUGUGGUAACACUUGGUAUGCUUACACCAGGCCUAGGUACCGCUGGUACUAUAUUCUGGCAAUGGGCUAACCAAUCUUUAAAUGUGGCUAUCAAUUCUGCAAAUGCCAAUAAGUCAACAAAAAUGAGCACUUCUCAGCUUGUCACUAAUUAUGCAGCAGCCGUUGGUGCAUCUUGUGGUGUCGCUUUGGGUUUAAAUAGUUUAGUUCCCAAGUUGAAAAACUUGUCCGCUAAUUCUAGAUUGAUUUUAGGUAGACUGGUUCCAUUCGCUGCAGUGGUCACUGCAGGUAUUGUUAAUGUCUUUUUAAUGAGAGGUAAUGAAAUUAGAAAAGGUAUCACUGUUUUUGACAAGAACGGUGACGCGGUUGGAGAAUCUAAGAAAGCAGCUUUUAUCGCAGUGGGGGAGACUGCAUUAAGUAGAGUUAUCAAUGCAACACCAAUUAUGGUUAUUCCACCAUUGAUCUUAGUCAGACUACAAAAGAACUUUUUAAAGGGUAAAUCAACGGGUGUUCAAACUUUAGUAAAUCUGGGGUUGAUUACGGUCACUUCAUUCGCUGUCCUACCUUUUGCUUUGGGUGUUUUCCCUCAAAGACAGUCUAUAAAUGUUAAGAAAUUAGAAAAUCAUUUGCAUGACAAACGUGACAAGGAUGGUCAUAUUGUUGAAACAGUUUACUUCAACAGAGGUAUCUAA